CAAAGCAUUACAACAGGUGCGUGAUUACUCAUUGAUUUCCGCCGUUUUACGCAGAUUUUGACCGGUGUUUUUGUGAAACUGUUCCGAAAUAUAAUUCUAGGUUUGGAAUUUUCUUGUGAUCAUCAGUAAUCUGUGUCCAUGCCGAGCCGACGUCGCGAUCGAUCCAUGGGGCAGAGCCCGGAACCGCUGCGAGCACGCAUGGGAAUCAGAAGAAGAUCUCGUGACCGCAUUCGAAACCAUCGGAGCCCUUCGCCACCACCACCAUCAAGGUUUGACCCUCCACAGCAACGUGCUCCAAGAUCUCAGGUGCUUCCUAUUCGACGGCGCCGCCGGUCGUCCGGUUCACCUUCGAAGAGGUCGGGCGCCGGGAAAUUCUCCCAGUGGUUCUGUUUGGGUGUGUUCGGAAUGAGUCCUCGCACCACCGAAAGAGAUCUCAGGCGACUCUUCUCUGAGUAUGGUCCAAUCGAGUGCAUCCGGGUGGUGUGCGAACCAAAGACACGGGAAUCGCGCGGAUUUGGCUUCGUCUACUUCCGGAAUCGUAGGGAUGCCGUUAGUGCCAAAGCGCGAUCUGACGGCAUGAAGUUUGACGGACGGCGGCUUCGAGUGGACUUUUCUAUGACGGAUCGACCCCAUUCGCCGACACCCGGCAGGUACAUGGGACCGGAUAGGAUCAGAAUUGAGCGACGACGGUCGCGUCCAGAAAGAAGGUAAGUGAAUUACCACCAGAAGCAACGCCCAGCUACAGCGUGCCACUUAUUGACACUGAAUUUUCCAUCAGCUCGUUUGGAUGCGAUUUAGAACGCCGGAUUGUCCAACGCAAAUCCCCAUCGCCAACGGUUCCAUUUGUUCAUCCACGAUUUCGCCCGGUCGGAUCCAGCUCGGGGACUUCUGAUUGCUAGUUGUUUCUCUUGGUGAACUAAUAUCUUCCAUAUUUUUUUUUUAC